GCAGCACUUUGUGAGCAUGGGCGCAAAGGUGUAUAUGGCUGCCCGAGACGAGACCAGAGCGAAAGAAGCCAUCGACCGACUCGAUAAAGGCGGUCGCGAUCCUGGUCUUGGCCAAGUCAUCUGGCAUGCACUCGACCUCAGAGAUUCUCGUUCUGCAAAGGAAUCGGCAGAGCGCUUCGUUGCUCGGGAAAAGAGACUGGACAUCUUGGUAAACAACGCUGCACUGAUUACCGACCUUGGAAAGCUUCAAGAGAAUUCAGAUGGAAUUUUGGAGAGUAUGGCGGUCAACUACUUAGGACCUUAUAUAUUUACAAGAACACUUCUCCAGCUCCUCGAAUCAACAACCUUGCUGGAUGGGGCCGACGUGCGAAUUAUCAAUGUUGGAUCCAGUGGCCAUAGCUUUGUGAAAUACCUGGAAUACGGUUCCAAAGACGCGUGGAACCACCCAUUUAAAUGGUAUCUAAUCCCAAAUUUCGAGCGUUAUAAAUACUCGAAACUUGCAAUGCACCUAUGGACGAACGACCUAGCCCGGCGUCUUUCUGAGCAACAAUCCAAGGUGAUGGUACUGAUCACACAGCCAGGGGCCAUUCUAAGCGAUGGCGUUAUCCAUUCUCUGAGCCGCCUCCCUUAUCCUCCGCUUUGGAUCUGGUUGGCAGGGUUAGUAAUGCACCCUCAGACUCUGGGAGCAUAUACGUCAGUUUUUGCAGCUUGCGCACCCCGCGAUAAUCCCGAAAUAUCCCAGGGUGCCUAUAUCUACCCCCCAAAUGUUGCAGUAGCGCAAGCUCCGGCCGCUUUGGAUGAGGUUAGGCAAAGACAACUGGCCGAGUUCACUGAGGAGUUCUUGCAGAGCAUUGGGGUGUAGUCAUGAUGUCUCUCAUGCACCCUUUCCUAUUGAUAUAUAUUUUCCCGGCCUUCCCCCCCCCCCUGCAACUGCUUCCUAUCGCUACCUCAUUUAAGAUAGUACGAUAAAGACCAUGACAGUCGCUAUGUCCAUCCCGACCUCGAUUAAUUCCACUCAUACAUAAGGGAAAUUAGAAUGAUAGAUGUAACUGGCUGUCGGUACUUAUAAGAAAGAGGCUCAUG